UUGGUCCCACUCCCAAAGGGCCGUGAGGUAGUGGGCAGAGAAUGGGUGUAUACCGUUAAGACAGGACCAGAUAAGGCUGAAACAUACAAAGCCCGUUAUGUAGCAAAAGGCUACUCGCAGAUUCCUGGUAUUGAUUACCAUGAAACCUUUUCCCCAACCGCUCGGAUGAGCUCUAUUCGUAUUUUAUUACAGCAGGCAAUUCAGAAUGAUAUGCUUGUUCAUCAGAUGGACGUAAAAACAGCCUAUUUAAAUGCCCCAAUAGACUGUGAGAUUUUCAUAGAACAGCCAGAAGGCUACGAAAGGGUAGGACAAAAUGGUGAGAGGUUGGUGUGCAAAUUAAAUAAGUCUUUGUACGGUCUUAAGCAGAGUGGGCGCAAUUGGAACAACAUGCUACAUGAUUACGUUAUGAAGGAGAGCUUCACUCAAUCACUUGCUGACCCAUGUGUUUACAUUAGAAAUGGUGGUACAAAUGAAUGUACAAUUAUCAUCAUUUGGGUUGACGAUCUCAUAAUUUCUGCUAGCCAUGAAAUUCUUUUGCAGAGUGUGAAAGAUUCUUUAAGUAAUAAAUUUAGAAUGAAGGACCUAGGGGUAUUGUCAUGGUUCCUAGGUACAGAAUUCAAGUGUUCAGAAGGUGCAAUUGAAAUGAGCCAAAAGCAAUAUAUUGAGAAAUUGCUGUUAUAA